UUAAAGAUCAGCAGUGAGAGAGCCUCUCAUUUUUGGUUUUCUUUCUCUAUUAAGAGGCUGUCCCUCCUCAUCCACAGAAUAUAUGCCUUUACGCAAAGCAAAGUUUAAAUUAAUUUAGGGAAUGUUUAAGGCUUUAUAGGCUUCUUCUUUUUUUUUUUUUUUUACUCUGGUUGAAUGAAAAGAUUGAUGCAGUGGAGUAAACCUGAAGUUCACAGCAGAAGCACUUCCAGCCUGCAGCAGUAAUAGUUGUGUUAUCAAUAUUCAUGAGCCGUCUCAUUUAGUUGGGACUCAUGGGACUGAUAAAGUAAGGCACGGUGCUCUGCUGCUGAAGAAAACUGUACAAUGUGACAUAGAUAGGAACAUCACGGGCUGCAGUAGCAGCUACUGCAAAAGGCUUGAAUGCUUUUUUGCAGCAAGAGCUUAGACGUCUUUAAAACUAUAUGAUUUAGUGGCUGCAAAGAUGCUCUGGACCUGUGUGUGAAUUCAGUACUUUUAACCAUUUUUUCCAUGUUUUCCCCCCAAAGGUUGAGUGCAUAAGAUGACCAUGUAGGAUAUUACAGCCUGGGACAACAACCAUCAUGGGACAUGGUUUCUGGAAUGGAACUGGACUGCAGCCGUGAAAGCAGAUACACUGUUCCGGACUGUUACCUUUGCAGAAUUAUCUUCAAGCUCCCCAAAGGUCGAGUCCUUCGUCAAGAGAAGGAGAUAUAUUUAAGGCAGACUGGAUUCGUUUUAUAACCAUCACGGUUGAAGUUUAUACUGCAGGUGUCUGUAAUGGUCUACAACUAGAUUUUGUUUCCUUAUUCUACAGCUUAUACAAAGCAAUACUGUAACGCAACAAUGGGUGACAUGUCAAACAGUGAUUUCUACGCAAAGAACCAAAGAAAUGAGGCCAACCAUAUGGGUGGCUUUGGUUGCACUCUGGAGGAGCUACGUUCCCUUAUGGAACUUCGAGGAAGUGAGGCAGUGAUUAAAAUCCAGGAGUGCUAUGGAGAUACUGAAGGGCUCUGUAAGCGUCUGAAGACAUCACCUACAGAUGGAUUAUCAGGCAAUGCUUCAGAUUUAGAAAAACGAAAGCUGGUUUAUGGACAAAACUUUAUACCUCCAAAGAAGCCAAAAACUUUUAUACAGUUAGUCUGGGAAGCAUUACAAGAUGUGACUCUGAUAAUCUUGGAAGUUGCAGCCAUUAUAUCUUUGGGCCUUUCUUUUUAUCACCCUCCAGGACAGAGCAGUGAUGUUUGUGGUACUGCCUCAGGUGGUGCAGAAGAUGAAGGUGAAUCACAAGCUGGCUGGAUAGAAGGUGCUGCUAUCCUGCUCUCAGUUAUCUGUGUUGUCCUUGUCACUGCCUUCAAUGACUGGAGCAAAGAGAAACAGUUCCGAGGUCUACAAAGCCGCAUUGAGCAAGAACAGAAGUUUGCUGUUGUCCGAGCCGGCCAAGUCAUCCAGAUCCCAGUAGCAGAAAUAGUAGUUGGGGACAUUGCACAAAUUAAAUAUGGUGAUUUGCUUCCUUCUGAUGGAAUUUUACUUCAGGGAAAUGACCUCAAAAUUGAUGAAAGUUCACUUACUGGGGAAUCUGAUCAUGUCGGAAAGUCUGCAGACAAAGAUCCCAUGCUGCUUUCUGGAACUCAUGUCAUGGAAGGCUCUGGAAAAAUGGUGGUCACAGCUGUGGGUGUUAAUUCCCAGACUGGCAUCAUCUUCACAUUGCUGGGAGCUGGGGGUGAAGAGGAAGAGAAAAAAAGCAAGAAAGGUGAAAAACAGGAAGAAAGUCAAGUUAAAGAGACAACCCAUCCCUCAUCCCACCCUGCUCCAGCCACAGAUGGUGCAACAGAUGCAAAUGCCACACCUAAUGCAAAUGCCAACGUAGUCAAUGGCAAAAUACAGGAUGGAAAUGUGGACAGCAGUCAAACUAAAGCCAAGAAUCAAGACGGCGCUGCCGCCAUUGAGAUGCAGCCGCUGAAGAGCGCAGAAGGGGGAGAAGGAGAUGAGAAGGAGAAAAAGAAAAGCAGUACAACGAAAAAGGAGAAGUCCGUUCUUCAGGGCAAACUCACCAAGCUGGCCGUACAAAUUGGCAAAGCAGGCCUGUUGAUGUCCGCAGUCACUGUCAUCAUCCUUGUCCUCUACUUUGCCAUUGAAACGUUUGUGGUUAAUAAAAGACAAUGGCUGCCCGAAUGCACUCCCAUAUAUAUCCAGUACUUUGUCAAGUUCUUCAUCAUAGGCGUCACAGUCCUUGUAGUUGCUGUUCCCGAGGGGCUUCCACUUGCUGUCACCAUAUCUCUGGCAUAUUCUGUAAAGAAAAUGAUGAAGGAUAAUAACCUGGUUCGACACUUGGAUGCCUGUGAGACUAUGGGUAAUGCAACCGCCAUCUGCUCAGACAAGACAGGAACAUUAACCACAAACAGGAUGACAGCUGUUCAGCUCUACAUUGGGGACACGCAUUAUAAGGAGAUCCCAGAUUCAGAUUCCUUGCCAGCCAAAACGCUCGAUAUACUGGUUAAUGCAAUUUCUCUCAACAGUGCCUAUACUACAAAGAUCCUGCCCCCAGACAAGGAAGGAGGAUUACCUCGCCAGGUUGGAAACAAGACAGAGUGUGGGCUGCUGGGACUUGUCAUGGAUCUGAAACGUGAUUACCAGCCUAUUCGGGAUAAGAUUCCAGAAGAAAAACUGUAUAAAGUUUACACUUUCAACUCAGUUCGAAAAUCCAUGAGCACAGUAAUUAAACUAGCAGACAACAGCUUUCGAAUGUACGCCAAGGGAGCAUCUGAAAUUGUCUUAAAGAAAUGUUCCAAAAUUGUAAACUCUGCUGGGGAACCUCGUAUCUUUAGACCCCGAGAUCGUGAUGAAAUGGUUAAGAAAGUGAUAGAACCAAUGGCUUGCGAUGGAUUGCGGACCAUCUGUGUGGCAUAUCGGGAUUUUCCUGGCAACCCAGAACCAGAGUGGGAUAAUGAGAAUGAUAUUUUAACAGAUCUAACGUGUAUUGCGGUGGUUGGCAUUGAAGAUCCAGUAAGGCCUGAGGUACCCGAAGCCAUUAGAAAGUGCCAGCGAGCUGGUAUCACUGUCCGCAUGGUCACUGGGGAUAACAUUAACACCGCUCGUGCCAUUGCCAUCAAAUGUGGAAUCAUUCAUCCAGGAGAGGACUUCCUCUGCUUGGAGGGCAAAGAUUUCAAUAGAAGAAUUCGAAAUGAGAAAGGAGAAAUUGAACAAGAACGAAUUGACAAAAUCUGGCCAAAACUGCGGGUACUUGCACGUUCAUCUCCUACUGAUAAACACACAUUGGUAAAAGGAAUUAUUGACAGCACACAGUUAGACCAAAGACAGGUUGUGGCAGUGACAGGUGAUGGGACCAAUGAUGGACCAGCUCUAAAGAAAGCCGAUGUGGGAUUUGCUAUGGGUAUUGCUGGUACAGACGUGGCAAAAGAGGCCUCAGACAUUAUCCUAACAGAUGACAAUUUCAGCAGUAUUGUGAAGGCAGUGAUGUGGGGCCGCAAUGUCUAUGAUAGCAUCUCAAAGUUCCUACAGUUCCAACUCACUGUCAAUGUGGUUGCUGUGAUUGUGGCAUUCACUGGUGCAUGCAUCACGCAGGACUCGCCUCUUAAAGCAGUGCAGAUGCUAUGGGUUAACCUUAUUAUGGACACCUUUGCCUCACUGGCUCUGGCUACUGAACCACCAACAGACUCGUUGCUGAAUCGAAAGCCAUAUGGUAGGAAUAAGCCACUUAUCUCACGCACCAUGAUGAAAAACAUCCUCGGUCAUGCAGUUUAUCAGCUUACGCUUAUCUUCACAUUACUCUUUGCAGGUGAAAAGCUGUUCUUCAUCGACAGCGGUCGUAAUGCACCCCUUCACGCCCCUCCGUCUGAGCACUACACCAUUAUCUUCAAUACAUUUGUGUUGAUGCAGCUAUUUAAUGAGAUCAAUGCAAGAAAGAUCCACGGAGAGAGGAAUGUCUUUGAAGGCAUCUACAGGAAUCCUAUAUUCUGUAGCAUUGUACUGGGUACUUUGGCAAUCCAGAUUGUUAUUGUGCAGUUUGGAGGGAAGCCAUUUAGCUGUGCCCCACUCACAAUUGAACACUGGUUGUGGUGUGUAUUUCUUGGAUUUGGGGAGCUUGUUUGGGGCCAGGCCAUAGCAACUAUUCCAACAAGCAGGUUAAAGUUUCUAAAGGCAGCAGGUCAUCUGACUCAGAAAGAGGAGAUUCCAGACGAAGAACUAAAUGAAGAUGUUGAAGAAAUUGACUAUGCAGAACGAGAAUUACGACGUGGACAAAUUCUGUGGUUCCGAGGUCUAAACAGGAUACAAACACAGAUCGAGGUAGUCAAUACUUUCAAGAGUGGCACUUCCUUUCAGGGGGCUCUAAGACGGCAGUCCUCCGUCACAAGCCAGCACCAGGAUAUAACCAAUAUCCGCGUCGUGAAGGCAUUCCGUAGCUCUCUUUAUGAAGGGUUGGAAAAGCCAGAGUCUAGAACAUCCAUCCACAACUUCAUGUCCCAUCCAGAAUUUAGGAUAGAAGACUCACAACCCCACAUUCCUCUCAUUGAUGAUACAGAUCUUGAAGAAGAUGUUGGUCUUAAGCAGAACUCAAGUCCACCAUCCUCCCCUAAUAAGAACAACAAUGCAAUUGAUAGCGGAAUCAACCUUACAACAGACACAAGCAAAUCAGCUACCUCUUCCAGUCCAGGAAGCCCAAUACAUAGCCUGGAAACAUCCCUUUAGCUGAGCGUACCAUUGCAAAAAAUGUAAUACAAUAAUACAAAACUAACAAAAAAAAUGACUUUUGGCUGACAAACUGUUUAAACUGUGGUGGUUUUUUUCACCAUUUGAAAUUGAUCACUAUUGUAAGUGAUACAAAAAAGUAACUGGUUAACCACCCCAAAAGCUAUGGUCCUGCAUGAAUGUAUAUUCCUGUCUUUUUGUUGCUAAGUGGGGGGCUUCCUUCUGAGGCAAUUCACUAUGACUUUUUCAAGUGCUUGUGUAGCAUGGACUCAUUUGUAUAGUUUUAAUUUAAAUUAUAAACUUUUUGAAGUUGCAAAGCUCAAGUUGCACAGUAUAUUUGCACCAGUUGGACAGAUGAAUCUAUUAAUAAGCAUUUAUGAAAUAUUAUAAAUAUAUAAAUAUAUAAAUAUAUAUACAUAUUGAUUAAUUUAAUCUUUCUUUGUUGGCAUGUUGCCUUGUUUCUGCUUAAAGAGCUUAUACAACUUACAACUGUUUCUGUUCUAAAGAGAAUGUAAUUUGUUUACAGCCUGUAGAUAUCUUGUUUAUUUGUAGGUUAAACCACUUCUGAUGAUGUAAUACACUAGCUCAAGCUUAUGAAUUCUGUUAUAUGGCCUAAAUGUUUUAUUACAGCUGUGUUCUGGCAUUGCCUGCUUUUUUGUUAAAUAGUGUAGAUACCGCUAGCAGACAACAAAAGAAGCCAAAAAUAACAGGACAUAAUAGUUGCAGUUAUAUCCUAUCAGUUGUAAAUGAUAUUGGGGACUAACCUGAAAGGCUUCCUUUGUUUCUACAGAAAUGUUAAGGAACAUUCUAUAUGAAACUUUUUUUAAUAAACUUUGUUUUGGUCAAACUCA